UUCUUCUUCCUUUUUCUCUCUCUCUCUCUCUCUCUCUCUCUUUCUACCUCCAUUCUUUCACCUCUCUUAUUUCUUCCCCAAACAUCUUAGAACCCUAGCCCCCAAAUUCACGGCAACAAGAAAGGCAAGUUGGCGACGAGCGCGGCGAAGAGUGCGGCGACGAGUAAAACCACGGUGCCUGACAGGAAACUGAUAGACUCAGUCUUUCUCGUGGAAAUGUUGCAAAAAUUCGAGUCGAACAUAAGAAGACUGGGUUGACAAAGAAGUAGAGAAAUGUAGAAAAUGAGGGAUUUUGAACACUAAUCAAACAGGUGGAGCCGUUCUCCUUAUUUCCAGGCUCAUUAUGUCAUAAUCUGAAAUUUGUCAUCAUGAUUAGCUCCUAAAUACUAUAAACGACACCCCUGAAUUUUCUCCAUUUCGGAGCAAGUGUGGUUGAAGUCUACUGCAUUCCAGAUGUUUGAUAAAUUUCUUCAGAGAGAUCUUGCGGUAAUUUCCAUCAGGGUUGACUUCAAAACUAUGGCGAACCCCUUUAGUGCUAAAGUGAUGAAGAGACCCUUCUGGAAUUCCGUUUAUUCUUUGAUGUACUGCUCGUCGCCGGCGGCGGCCAUGAAUGUGCUCAAAACUGGGGACGUUCUGAAGCAAGCCAGAGUAUUUUCUACGUCCGACAUUGCCGGAUACUCCAAGCUGACCCAUGACUCAAAUCCACUGCAUUUUGAUUCUAAAUGUGCAAGAAAUGCAGGCUUCGAGGAUAUCCCCGUCCCAGGAAUGCUCGUUGCUUCCUUGUUUCCUAGGAUCAUUGCUUCCUACUUUCCAGGGGCUAUUUAUGUGAAGCAAACGUUGGACUUCAGGUCGCCGGUUUUCGUUGGAGAUAACAUCACUAGUCAAGUGCAGGCAAGCAGUGUUAGACAAAUGAAACAAAAAUACAUGGUGAAAUUUGUGACGACAUGCUUCAAGGAUGGUGAGGUUGUCGUUAUUGGUGGUGAGGCCACGGCAAUCUUACCCACCCUGGCCAUGAAACAAGUUGACAACCAUAGUUCGGAGUCAAAAGACUUUGGCAGCCGAACACAACUUCACUAGUUCGUGCCCACUCUUUACUCUUGCUCCAAGGUUUGAAGUUGGCUUAUUGGAUUGUUUGUUGCACUUGCUCGUAAUGUAUCAGUGCAUUGUUGAAUUGGAACUCAUUCGUUCUGGUAAUAUAUCCACUUCUUGCAAUA